UCGUCCUGAGCACUCCGCUUGGCGUGUUAAAGUCUGGAUCCGUUGACUUCCAGCCCCCAUUGCCAGACUGGAAGCAAGGCGUCAUUGAGCGCAUGGGAUUUGGCCUCCUAAACAAGGUGAUACUCGUCUACGAAGAAGCCUUCUGGGAGCCGAAUCGUGAUAUGUUUGGUUUAUUGAAUGAAGCCGAACGCCAAGCCAGUCUCAACCCAGAAGAUUACGCUUCCAGGAGGGGUCGCUACUAUCUCUUCUGGAACUGCCUCGUCACCAGCGGCAAGCCGACUCUUAUUGCGCUCAUGGCGGGAGAAGCGGCACAUUACACCGAGGAGACCUCGAAUGAUCAGUUGAUCAAAGAAGUCACCGACUGCUUGGACCAGAUGUUCGCGCCCAACCGCGUCCCACUACCCACAGAGACGAUUGUCACCAGAUGGAGCAAAGAUCCAUUUGCUUGCGGAAGUUAUUCGUACGUAGGACCAGAGACCCAAACAGGCGACUACGAUGUCAUGGCUAGACCCCACGGGCCGCUCCACUUCACAGGCGAGGCUACUUGUGGCACGCAUCCGGCUACUGUACACGGGGCAUAUCUGUCUGGCUUGCGGGCAGCAGCAGAAGUAGUUGAAAAAAUGAUCGGCCCCAUCCGGGUCCCGACUCCGCUCGUCGAGAAGAAGGUGAAGCUCGAACACCCGACACCUCACCCACCCACCAUCUCCGACGUGAAACGCAAAUUUUCAUCCGAUGCACCGCUACAGAGCAGCGGUAGCACUGCCAGUAACAACAGCAUCCACAAAACCGCCCGUGCAGUUCGUGACGAAGAUUACGAAGCCUCCAUCAUUGGCGAGAUUCUCUCGCAGCUCGGCGAACGCCCCAUCAAACCAGGCCGUACGGGAGUCAACCCAUUCCUACUAUACACAAAAGACCAAUGGUACACAGUUAAGCACGAUUGCGACGCCAAACGACGGGCUGCCACAGGCGACGUCAAUGCUAAAGCGUCCAAAACUGAGAUCCGCACCGCACUGGGGCUCAAGUGGCGCACCGAGGACCCCGCCGUGCGCCAGCCGUACCUGGAUCAAACUCAGAGCGCAAAAGACGAUGCCGCGGCUAGCACGGCGGGCUUCAAAGAUGCUGUUGCGCUUUGGGAUCGCGAGGCUGAGCGGAUAAGGGUCGAGUAUAUUAGGGAUCAUCCGCCGGAAGAUGGCGAGGGUGAUAUGGUGAUGAAUGGGCGCACGGCGAUCGAACUGGGUGCUGGGAAGCGGCCUCGAAGGUAA